AUGACUGUUCCCAAUGGCACCAACCCCGGGAAACCGGUCCUAUUCUUCGACAUUGACAACUGUCUCUACCCAAGGAGCAGCAAAGUACAGGAUCUCAUGGCCGAGCUGAUUGACAAGUACUUUGAAGAGCAUCUCAACCUCCCCUGGGACGAUGCUGUCAAACUACACCAGGAGUACUACAAAAACUAUGGUCUGGCCAUCGAAGGACUGGUCCGUCACCACCAGAUUGACCCUCUGGAGUACAACACCAAGGUCGACGACGCUCUGCCCCUAGAGGGAAUCAUCAAGCCCAAUCCAGAGCUGCGUCAGCUGCUCGAGGAUAUCGACAGGAGCAAGGUAAGGGUAUGGCUUCUCACGAAUGCGUAUGUCACCCACGGCAAGCGAGUCGUCAAGUUGCUCGGCAUUGACGACCAGUUUGAGGGUCUUACAUUCUGCGACUACGCCGAAAUGCCCUUAGUCUGCAAGCCUCACCCAGACAUGUACCGGAAAGCCAUGAAACACGCUGGGGUGGAAAGAGUGGAAGAUUGUUAUUUUGUUGAUGAUAGUUUUGCCAACUGUGCCGCUGCAAAGAAGUUGGGCUGGACGGCAGCGCACUUGGUGGAAGAAGAUGUCCCACAACCAGAAGUCCAAGCAUCGCAGUAUCAGAUCCGCCACUUGCGAGAACUGCGACAAGUCUAUCCCCAAUUUUUCAAGAGCUCCUAA